AUGGAUAGCGUAGAAACUAGCGAUAACUCAAAUUCGGCUACUCCGAAUCUUAAAGUAAAUAGCUCCGACGGCCUUGGACCUGACAUCGUGGUGUCUUCUCCAGUGACACAAUCACCACGACGUACCAUAUACAUUUCCGCCGCGUUAAUAAAAAAACAACUGCAAGAUCAGUUAAACGAAAAUGUACUUCAAAUAGAGAAGACCGCCAAUUUGGGUAAUGCUCUGGUACGACAAAAAAACGAAUUGGAGGAAAGAAUCAAGGAGCUCGAUAAAACUGAAGAUGACGAAGUACCUCAGGAUCUUAAAGAUAGAAUAGCCGCACUCGAACAAGAUGCGAAGGCACUAAACGCAAAUACUGCAGAAAUCCUUGUUGGUUCCAAAGGUCUAGCACUGGGAGGAUCGGAUAUAAAUUCUCCGGGUUCGUCGGUCUCCACACCUACCUCAGAACCAAGCUCCACGCCGACAAGUACACUGAAAGGAAAAAGCAGGUACGAAAAUAAGAAAGGAAAACCUCCAAAGAGGGACAUAGAAUUAGCGGCAGAAAUAGGGCAUGGUUUGCUACAAGAAGUCAAGCGUUUAACGAUAUUACUGCAAGAAAAAGAAGAGGGGAUAAAAAAACUUGAAAUAGAUAAAGCUGAAUUGGAGCGCGUUAUUGAAAUUCUUACAAAACAAGUUCGGUCAAAAGAAGAGGCAGAAGCACAACUUAAGGAUGCUAAUUGGAACCUCGAAUUGAUGCGGCAAGAUCUUACUAACCAGUUAGAAGACCUUCAACAGCAACUAAAUAGAGCACGCAACGAUUAUACGAAAAUAGAAAAGGCUCUUGCCACUGCAACUGAUGUUAUAGAGCAACUCAAAGACAAAGAAGAGAAAUUGAUAACAAACCUCGAAAAUUUGAGUAAUCGACAUGAAAAGGAUAUGGCCAAUAAUCGAAGGCAUGUCACCGCUCUUAAUCGAGAGAAAAAUGAUUUAUUAAAAGCGGUUGGUGAUUUGAAGGCUCAACUUGAUUCUGUUGCGGCCACAAGAAAUAUAAGAAAACGCACCCCGGAACCAGGCGCGGAGCCUUCGGUUGGGGAUGGCGAGCCGUCCUCUAACCUUGAGACUUCAGGAAUUCCAGCAGCUUUGCAAGGUAAAAAUCUAAGUCUUGAGGAGACUUUGAAGGCACUUAGUGUGGCUUACCGCAUGAUUGGCAGCCUUCGAGCGAACCUCCAAAAAGAAAAGAGUGAAAAGUAUGAGGUUAAGAAGCUUCUUUCAGAUAGUCAGGAACAGAUUGAAAUGAUGCGCUAUGAAUUGGAUGAUUUAUCCGCUAUGAACCAGAAGAAACUAUCUGGAAUAGGAAAUGGACACUCAGAUAUUCUCGUAAACGAGGACUCACAAUCUGGAGAUGAUGAUAUUAUUGCCGUUGAAGAGGGAGAUGAAGAGACAUUCAUUGAUAAGAAUAAUCGUCCAUCAUCAGAUAUCCUGACUAGUUCUAAAGUAAAUAGAAGUCCUUCAACUCGAUCAUCUAAAUCACCUCGAAUGUCAGCUAUCUCCCAGAACAUAGAAAUUGAAGAAUUUAUUGAUAGUAAUUCGAACAACAGAGAAUCGGUAGUUAGUGCAAGGGGCGGUCUGAAGGAUGGUGAUUAUGAAAUUAUAGAGAACCAAAAAUCUUCCCAAGGUGAAGAUGAACAAGAUGAAUCAACUCCACAUCCGGAAAUCGAUGAUGAUGCCUCAUCCGUUAAUUCUUUCGAGUCGGCAAUUGAGACGAAUGCGGAUUCUAAAAGGGGAUCUGCUUCAUCGAGAAGAGAUUCGAACAUUCCCACUUCAAAACGUUCAUCAAAACGAGAUACCCCGCAAUUACAUAAAAAAGAUUCAACUAAAACAGCUAACGUUUUAACUUCCGAAGAGUCUAAUAUUCCAAACAAGACAUUUAGAAACGUUGAAGUGCAGACAGAUCCAAUGGCGGCGCGAAGCGAUUCACUUUCAACAAUUUAUACGGGUAAGUUUACGUUUGGAAACAGAGACACUAUUUUUGACAUGCAAGGGUCAAAUAAUGACGAUCAAAACACUCGACAAUCGAUUCUACUUUCACCCGACGAUAAUAAUGUCGAUAUUAAACGAUUCACCCUUGACCUAAGUUCGCAAUCAGGCCAACAGAGAGAUAUUCACAAUCAACAAGGACAGCCUUUAAAAAAUAACGAGACUGAAGGUUCUCACUUUAAUAACCAACAAGACAGAAAUGGAGUUCCACAGAAUUCAGACAAACCCACUGACCAAGUUAGUGGUUUAGCUCCUCCACCACGUCCCUCAAUCGGUCCUCCGUCAUCCAUAAAUACUCAACGUCCCGCAUCUGUGGAUUUCGGACAACAGGCUGGAUCACCAAAAAUUUCACAGUUCCUUAACAGUAUUCCGGGACAAAAAGGAUCAGACAGCUUACGCGACAACACUUUAUACUCAAAUGGAAGCCGAUCAAGAGGAAUUAACAACGGUACCGAAGUUUCUCAUCAUCACACGCCUAGCUCGGGUUCAGUGUCAACUGCAAGUAGUGCCUCCACAUCUGCAGAUGUAGCUGGUCGACGAUCUGAUUCGUCACAUCAGGAGAUUGGUGGACCUGCGACUGGAACAACAGGCACAGAUCCAAACAUUAUUCACGCUAUUACCCAAACAAUGAUUGGAGAAUACUUGUGGAAGUAUACAAGACGUAACUUUGGAGGUAUAUCUGAAAAGCGACAUAAAAGAUUCUUUUGGGUUCACCCUUACACAAAAACUCUAUACUGGAGUAACAAAGACCCAGGAAGUUAUGAACCUACCGAUCCAAAGUCAAAAAGUGGAAUGUCAUACUUCGCAUAUAUCGAGGCUGUCGAUCAAGUAGUUGAUCACAAUCCUUCUCCACCUGGUAUAUAUCAUAUGAGUCUGGUCAUAAAGACCCCUGAACGCGAAUUGAAGUUUACUGCCCCCUCUAAAGAGAGGCAUGAUUAUUGGUAUCAGGCCUUAAGCUAUUUGCUACAACGACAUGAUGAGACUGGUCAGGUUGGUCAAGGUCAGACGGCUGGACGACCGUCAAAAACCGGUUCGGAUCCAUGGGAUAACCAAUCGCACUCUCAUAACCUGCAUACCAGUACAUCACCCAACGGUUCGUUAAAAGGAAAUAAUGUCAGGGAGGUUAAGAAAAAGUCAAGUUUCAGUAAACUUCAAUCAAUGUUUCGUCGACAAGACGCAUCAUCUUCUUUACCCAACUCCCCACUGUCAUCAGAAUUCGUCGAUGGUCAACCUCAACAAUUAGUUGUUCCAAGUUCUUCUCAGGGUGAGUUAGAUGAUGAAGACGAAGAUUUGGAAAAUGUGCGACAAUGUUGUGAUGGAAAGCAUGAUGUGAGCAAAUUGGAGAAAG